UCACCGCCAUCCAAGAAAUGCGAUGGACGGGGCAAGAGUUGCCGUCGGUUUUCCUGAGACCCGUACUUGUUUGCUAAAUCAAAAGUUGCAAAUGCUGAGCUACUGUAUUGAGCGUUCAAAGUUUCGAAAAUAUGGCAACAUGGAGGAAUCUAAAAGUGAACCUGAUUCCAACAUGAACUUCAACGAGCAUAAAAGAGAUGACAGCAGUUUUGAGGAAGCUUCUAGUGAAACUGGGGAUGAAGGUGAAGAUGAGUUUUAUGACUGCACGGAAUAUCCUCCAGAAGGUCGUGACAAAUGUCUUGGUGACAUAAGGCUAUUAGAUUGUGAUGAGCCGCUGUAUAUCCCUAUAACACAAGAUCCAGUGCCAAAAACAGAAGACGAAUCGGAAGCAGAUGCAGAAUCAAUGCUGAAGCUUGGAGCUAAUUCAGGUUUCAGUAUGCAAAUGUGCUCUUCCCUGCUUUCCGAUAUGGAAGCCUUUAAAGCAGCAAAUCCAAAAGGAAAGAUGGGGGACUUUAUACGUUGGUACAGUCCCAAGGAUUGGGAGGAAGAUGAUCAACUUGGAGUGGGAAGGCUGAGCGCUCGCAUGCAGGCUCCUGGUAAUAUCUGGCAAACAGUCUGGCAACAGGCGCAACCAGUACCGGCUAGCAAGCAGAAACGUCUAUUUGAUGAAACGACUGAGGCAAUCAAAGUUUUAACAUUUUUCAAAACUCGCAAUAUCAGUGAAAUCUACGAGAUAACAAUAAUAUCACUUUUGCAUGCAGCGAUCAUAAAGUUCAAGGCAAUCAUCCAAAAUAAUUUUGAUGUGCUUUGCAAAUGGAAGCCCAAGUAAGUCUUUAUUUUCGGA